AUGUCUCAAAUGCAAAGUGAGCAAGAGAAGCACCCGGAGCUUUUCAGGCCGGACCUGAACGUUGAUCGGCGGCAAUGCAAGCAUGUGGUGCCUCUCGAAGUCCUAGCUCUGGGCAUGUCCAAGACCGGCACGUCGUCUAUGCAAAGAGCCCUCAUGAUCCUCGGGUACAGCGACGUUUAUUACGGAUUCGCCAUGGUCUCAAACAUCCGCGAAGUUGAAAUGUGGAUGGAGGGCAUGCACGCGAAGCAGACCCCCAAGCCGGGCCAGCAACUAUUUGGCCGCACAGAGUUCGACCAGCUGCUUGGUCACUGCGACAUGCCAGCCAACUUCUUCGGAUCCGAGCUGGUGGCAGCAUACCCUUAUUCCAAGGUGGUACUUGUGGAGUGUGACAUCGAUUCCUGGUACAAGAGCUUUGACGAGAGUAUCGUCACUGCCGCCUUCAACUCCGUCUGGCCAUUCCUAUCGUGGUUGCGAGCCAAGUACGUGGCGGAGAAUGACGACAUCACCUUCAGGUGGUUGAAGUUCACUUUUGACGCAGAUACAAAGAAGGAAGUCCUCGAGAAGGCUUGCGACGGGUAUCGAAACCACUAUGCAACAAUUCGGAGAGAGACGCCGCCCAACCGGCUGCUCAACUAUAACCUGAAGGACGGGUGGGAACGACUGUGCCUUUAUGGGGAAGCCUAUCUCUGGACGUUCCCUUUCCGCAUGUCAAUGAUCAUGAGGCAUACCAUGAGAAGCUUCAGAUCAUCAUCAGGAAGGGGGCUGUUGCGAUCGCGAGGAAGGCGACAUGGGUUGUGGUACCGGGACUGA